UCCCACACGGGGAGAAGGGGGAGAGAGGAGCAGAGGAAGAAGAUGGUAAACUCUUAGCAGAAGAAACGAGCUUCUCUUGGACAGAAGAAGGAGCAGAAAAUGGAUUGGAAUGACGAGAAUAGCUCGGUGGUGGUGAAGCCCUCGAACACCAGAGGGGAGGGAGCUCACAGAGAUCGGAAAGCACUCAGAGACGUCACACAGUUUGUGGGUUUACCACCUCUGCCUCCAGGGAACAACAAGCAGAGGUCUCCAUGCAAUCUAAAGCGAGAAGUGCCGAACAGACCGAUCACAAGACAAUUAGCUGCGCUAUUGGCAAAUAAACGAAGUGGAGAUCAGGAUUUCAAUCAAAAGAAGGAAUGGGGAAAGGUUUUACGAUUAGGACCAGAAGACAAGAAGAAAGCCGUCAACUGUGAUCAGGGUUUACAAAAAUCGCCAAUCAUCGAGAUAAACAAUGCGGAAUCAUCAUACAUGGAAGUGGACCCUUGUUUUCAUACGAUAAAGUACACGGUGGCUAUACUUGAUGAAGAAAGCGAUGAGGAAUCAACGUUUGAAAAGGAACAGCAGAAUGAUGAUGAACUCAAUGAAGUUGAGAUGGAGGAUGAUAUAAACAUUGACCAGAUAGAUGCGCAGAAUCCUUUGGCAGUGGUUGAUUAUGUAGAAGAAAUCUAUGCCUUCCAUAGGCAAAGAGAGGUGAAUAACUCAAGCUGCAUAUGCUCCAAUUACAUUGCUCGUCAACCAGACAUUAAUGAGAGAAUGAGGGCUAUUCUGGUCGACUGGCUGAUCGAGGUUCAUUCCAGAUUCAACCUUAUGGAUGAGACUUUAUUCCUGACAGUGAAUAUUCUCGAUAGAUUCCUGCAACGUCGGACGAUCAUGAGGAAGAAUCUUCAGUUGGUUGGUCUGACGGCCAUGCUUGUGGCAUGCAAGUAUGAGGAAGUGCUGGUCCCAGUUAUAAACGACUUCAUUCUGAUAUCUGACAACGCAUAUAGCAGAGAGCAGGUUCUGGGGAUGGAGAAACUGAUAAUCAACACAUUGGAGUUCAAUUUCUCGGAACCAACCCCAUAUGUUUUCUUGAGGAGGUUCCUCAAGGCAGUGCAAUCUGAGAAGAAGAUUGAAUACCUCUCGUGCUACCUAAGUGAGCUCUCUCUUGUCGACUAUGGAAUGCUCAAGUACAGACCAUCAAUGGUGGCUGCUGCAGCGGUCUACUCUGCUCAAUGUAUGAUCAAAGGAUUCAAAUGUUGGUCCAGGACUUCUGAACACCACAGUCGAUACUCCGAAGAUGACAUACUAGAAUGUGCUAGAAUAUUGGUUCACCUGCAUAAGAAGGCUGGUUCGGGGAAGCUAACUGGCGUAUACAGGAAGUAUAAUACUCUUCGGUUUGAUUUCUCUGCAACAACUGCACCAGCAUUUUUCCUUCUAGAUCAGUGUUCGUGACAAACUUUAUCACAGAUGAGGAAGUUGCUCCACGUCUUGUGCAAUAGAAGUUGCAGCAGCAUUCAAAGACAUUAAUACUGCUUUUCUUUUCCUGCUUUAUGGUAGACAAGCAUGCAUAGAUUUUCAGUUUUCCAUGUUCAGUGGUUUACCCAGUCAUUUCUAGUUGUCCAGACUUAUGUGUAACUCAAUAGUUGUGCUUUCUGUAAAACUAGAGAUAGAAUUGAAUGAAUAUGACUUAUAUGUGACUUACCUCAA